GAAGGCCCCGGCGGCGCGCGCGGCCCGGCCCGGCCCCGCCGCCUCCGCGCCCCGCUCGGAGCCAUGGCCGCGACCGGCGCCUUCUUCGGCAGGCUGCGGGAGCUGGCCCUCACGGUGGAGAAGGAGGUGAAGCAGCUGCAGCAGGCCAUGCGCCGGGAGGACGCGGACUGUGAAGAUGAAUCUCCACUAGCAAUCUUGCAUGACCUCCAUUGCGAAAUCAAGACUCAGAAGGAAGAUAUUAGUGCCAGUCUUGGUAAGAUUUCCUCUGAAAAUAAAGCAGUUCAUGAGUUUAUGAAGGCAAGUGAAAUCUUGAUAGAAAGAAAUGCAGCAGAUCUUGGAAAAAUAAGAGAGCUGUUCCAGAAAUAUGGCUACAAACCACAUAUCGAAGGCUCUACAGAAGAGGAGGAUGAAGCUAACAGUGAAUCAGCAAUGUCUGUGCAGAAUAAAUCUGAUGACGAAAAAGCAAAUGAUGUACCUCACCUAUCUGCUUCUACAGAGAAGCCGCCGUUGCCCAAAGACCCGCUGCGUAUCCCCGAGCUCUCCGACUUUGGGCUUUCACAGUACGCGUUCCCCAGGCCUCGGAGCGCGCUGGAAGCACCGCACAGCGCACAGCACACGAGCAGUGCGCGCCAGCUGAGGGCAAAGAAUGAGACUCCACUAAGAUUGCGAACGCCGCAGGCUUUGCCCAAAACACCAAAAUGUAGGCUAAAGAUGGAUGACUAUGAGUGUGUAACACCAAAACUUGAGCACUUUGGCAUUAGUGAACAUACCAUGUGUAUGAAUGAAGAUUAUACGAUGUCGCUUAUUCAUAAAGCUUCUCAGACAUUAAAAAAGUUGGUUAAAAGAGGAGAUGAUAACGGAGGGAAUUUGCCAGAAAUGACAAUCAAGGAAUUCAUGGUUACUCCUGCAUCAAAAUCCAGUAAGAGAGCUAAAAAUGCAGCAACUGACUGGAUGGAUUCUCCUAUGGUAUUUGUGUUCUGUACUCCUGAUGUGAAGGACUCUUCCAAAAAUAAUAAUACAGGAUUAUCAAGGUCACCAGAGACAAAGGAACUGCCUCUUCCCAGUCAUGCAGCAACACCACAGUGUCCAGAUUUUCAAACAAGAUGGUUAACAGCAGAAGCUAAGCAGGUAACACCAAGGGAGAAGCUUGAGUCAGUGACAAAGAACGAUGCAAAAGAUACACCGUGCAAAGAAGAAAGAAUUCCUUUUGCUGCAAGCUCUGAUGAGUAUCUUAAACAUACUAAGGACCCUUCCCCUCCCAGUCUGGAACACUAUGACCAUUUACUCAAUACUCCUCCACCUCCAGAAAUAACAAGGAUACCAGAUAAUGUUUUAAAGAUCCUUUCCCAAUAUAAUCAAAAGGUAGACUCUUCUAAAGCCAAGGAAAUGGAGACCAAGGCAGGAAAUACAACAAGAUAUGAAAGUUAUACCACUGAUUACAGCAACAAAGAGAACAGAGGAUAUCAUGGAGUUUUCAAGACAAACAUCUGAAAUGAAACUGAAGACCAUGUUGAAACUUUCGCAUUCGUUGAUCUUAACACCAAAUCAUCACAAGUUCAAAAAGCAAAAGGAAAUACUUGUGGGAAGAAGGAGUCAUACUGAGAAAAGGCUUUUUUUUAAUGGAGAAAAAUUCUUUAUCUGUGACAUGGACAAACUUGUUUGAACAAACAGCUUGUGCUUAAUUUUUUUAUUGACAUUAUUGUCAAAAUUUAUUGAGGGGUUUUAAAUAUAUUGCACUUCAAAGAGGAAUGAAGGUCCAUGUACAAGGUGGUACUUCAGUUGUUUGUUGUGUAGGAUUGCAUUUGCAGUAGGCUGUAGAGUGCAGUUAGGUUGUAAUAAAAGGAAGUCCAGUAUAUUGUUUUAAAAAGUGGAUAUAUCUGGCUAUUCUGGUGACUCUACAUCCUUUCAGGGCUUGAGACUGAAGUCUAGUACUUCAACAGUAUUUGGUAUCUUCAACAGAAGCAAGUAAAAUUUUGUAUUGAAAGAGUUAAGUCCUGCUUUACUGUUUAAAGCAGUUCUGUGCUUUUAGUUCUUUCUGCAGUGAUAAGAUGUAUCUGACACAUUCCUGCAUCAGACUGACUGUUACCUCUCUAGCGGACAGGCAUUCCCCAUGCAGCUUCUUUCUUUAUGUAUCUACAUAGUAUCAGGUGACAAACAGGGUGACAAUCAGGUGCUAUGCAUCUGGUUUCUUUGUAGUCCUAGAAGGUGACUCUGGCUCUACUGUGAAUCAGUUGAAAAUGUGCAAUUGUUACUAGUUAUAUGUAUCUUGAGCUGCUUGGAAGAACUUGCUGGAAGGCCUGAUUGCUUCCUCUCCUGCUGCUCCCAUGUGUAUUCUCUUCAGUGCUGGUGUCACUUCUAAAUGUGCAGAUAUAACCCUGUAGUAGCUCACCAAGCUGAAGUUUGCAGAGCUGUUUGGCACUCUUUUGGUAGUCACAGUAAUUAGGAUUUCUUUUCCUACCAGCAUUUUUAUUGUUUUCCACCAGAAAACCCAGCUUUGCAUCCUUGUUUGGAACCAGUUUGCAAUUUCCAGUGUCAGCAAUUCCUCUAAGUGACUCCAGGACUGUUCUUACUAUUUGUCUUCCAGUCGAUGACUGAAAUUCUGCAUUUACGUGAGGACAGACAUGCAACACAUGAGAAGGGAGAGACUGUCCUAGGAGAUGGGGAUAAGUGGAUGUUUUUCUGAACUCAGCUCCACAUUUUUUUUAAGUCUUCAGGAUAUGCAAACAUCUAGAGAGCCCCACAAGUAUUUCUUCAUUUGCUUAGACUUGUCCUGGUUAAAACUUAACAAGUAAAGGUGCCUUUUCCCUGCUAUUACAUUCAUUUUCCAGGAUAAGCGUACAUCAAAUUAAUUGGAGAAGGUAAUUUUCUACUAGCUUUGACAUGAGCAGUCAUUGAAAAUGCUAGUUUCCGUUUAAAAUUAUGUAAGUAUUAGUGUGUCAGUCUGUGAGCUUAAUUUACAUUUUUGGAUACUAAAUAAAUUUGUUUCAAAUGC